AGUGGGAGGAUUAGUACCCCAUGGUUAGUGUCAGUGGAAGGAAUAGUGCCCCAUCAUUGGUGUCAGUGGGAGGAUUAGUACCCCAUGUUGGUGUCAGGAAGGAAUAGUGCCCCAUGGUUGGUGUCAGUGGGAGGAAUAGUGCCCCAUCGUUGGUGUCAUGGGAAGGAAUAGUGCCCCAUCAUUGGUGUCAGUGGGAGGAAUAGUGCCCCAUGGUUGGUGUCAGUGGAGGAAUAGUGCCCCAUCAUUGGUGUCAGUGGGAGGAAUAGUACCCCAU